AUGGCAGUAUCACCGAGUACUAUCGUCGUGAUAGCGGCGGUGUUCGCUCUUCUUUACCGGCUCAGUAGGGUUGGACAACGCCCCAAAGGAUACCCCCCUGGUCCUCCCACGUUACCCCUGAUAGGAAACAUUCAUUUGAUGCCAAAAGAGAAAGGACACCUUCAAUUUCAGAAAUGGGCCGAAGAGUAUGGUCCAGUAUACUCACUGAUGUUGGGAACCCAGGUCAUGAUUGUUCUUUCAUCGGAUAAGGCGAUUAAAGAUCUACUGGAUAAGAGAAGUGGUAUAUACUCCUCAAGGCCAGAUAACUAUCUUGCCAAUGUCGUUAGCGGAAAUCUUCGAAUGUUGUUAAUGGAAUAUAACCAGACGUGGCGUAUGAUUCGCGGGCUUGUACACAAUAGUCUUAACAUCAAGGCAGCCCGAACCUAUGUUCCGUAUCAGGAUCUCGAAAAUAAGGCGAUGCUUCUCUCAUUCCUCGAGGAUCCUACCCACUUUAUCGAACAUAUGCGAAGAUAUACAACUUCGCUAACCACGCAAAUGCUUUUUGGGUUUCGCACCACUCGUUAUGACGAUCCGAAGCUUACACAGCUCUAUCAUGGAUUCGAGAAAUUUUCGACAGUCGCCGGGUCACAAUCCGCAGCUCUACUCGAUACUUUUCCCGUGCUAAGAAGCCUUCCGGAUUUUCUUGUUCCUGGAAAACGAUAUGCCACAGAGCUGCAUAAAAAGGAAGCACCUUUAUUUGUGGGACUCUAUCAAGAAACGAAACAGAAACUCCGAGAUGGGAAAUCAAAGCCUUGCUUUUGCGCCGACCUUGCCCGAGCGCAAGACCAGGCAGGCUUUACUGAUGACCUCGCUGGUUACGUUAGCGGCACCUUGUUAGAGGCCGGAUCAGACACAACGGCCGCAACAUUGGUCGGCUUCGUUCAGGCACUACUUAUUUUCCCGGAGGUGGUUAAAGCGGCGCAAGCCGAACUCGACCGUGUAUGCGGAGACCGACUCCCAGAUUUAAAUGACCUGCCGGAACUCCCCUAUAUCCGAGGCUGUAUGAAAGAAAGUAUGAGAUGGAUGCCAACUGGAAUCCUCGGCGUGCCGCAUGCCGUCACUCGUGACGAUGAAUACAUGGGUUAUAAGAUUCCGAAAGGUGCCGCGGUAAUGUGGAAUGUCUGGGCUAUUUCCAACGACCCAAAACGUCAUCCCAAUCCCCGACGAUUCGAUCCAACACGUUGGGCCCAUGACCUUCAAACCUCACUAGAGGCGGCCACUAAUGCAGACGCAUCUAAGCGUGACCAUUUCCUCUUCGGUGCUGGGCGUAGGCUCUGCCAAGGAAUGCAUAUAGCGGAAAGGUCUUUAUUUUUGGCCAUGUCGCGAUUACUCUGGGCCUUCGACUUCGAGAGGGCCAUUGACGAAAAGACUGAGAAGGAAAUCGUCCCGGACAUGGAAGACUUGGUGGAGUCGGGCUUGUUUGUUCAGCCCAACCCGUUCAAAGCGGUGAUCACACCUAGGAGCCCACAGAGAGCGGAGCGUGUCCGAGAGGAAUGGGACGCGGUAGCAAAACUGCUUGAUGGCGAAAAGCAGUGGCAAGAUGUUCCGGAGGGAUUGAUCUGGAAAGACUACGAACCGACCGAAGCUGCGGUGAAAGCCUGAAUACCUAGUAAACCAGUUAAGCUAGUAGCCCUGCAGUCACACGAUGCGGGCUCAGAAACUUCAGAUAGGGAUUUGUUGCUUGGGUCGCUUGAUUAUUACAUGGAGAAGAGGUGAUUGGACAAUGAAGAAGCAUACCUACUACUAGGUACAUAUGUGUAUGUACGUAGGCUGACAUCUGUAUGUCAGAGAUGGAGUUACAUUUAUGUAUGGGGAGCAAACAAGUGAAAAAAAAAAAAAAAAAAGAAGAAGAAAAAGAGAAGGAUGCACAAGUAUGUGGCUACUCCGUAAUACCUAGUAUUGACAGCAGUACAGCACUGACUCACUGAGACUCGAUGCUGUAUGUACUUCAAUGUUAGGCAUACAUAGGUAGUUACAUAUGUACAUCAAAUACCUAGUACCUACCAACCUUGAACAAAUAACUACAUAAGACGGCAGUUAUUAACUAUUUGGUGGCAGGAACGGCCAGAUAAGGCAAUGGGCGGCAAUUUACG